AUGUCCUUCCUCACCGAAGCCACAACCCGUCGCCUGGCCACCCUCUCCACCCAGGCCAUCCGCUCCACAACCGUCACCACUACCGCGCCCAGAGCCGCUUUUUCGAGCAGCGUUACGCUGCAGAAGACGGUUGCUGACACGACGAAGGAUACGCUCAAGACGGUGGACAGGACCGUGAGCGAUAAGUUGGUUGAUGCCAUUGAUAUUGGUUCAACCGUCGCCUCCAAAGUAAAGGAAGUAGCCGAAGAUGUCACCGGCCAAAAGAACACCGGCGCUGCUGCCGAUCUCAAGGGGCAAGCCGCCGGUAUGGCCAAGAAUGUGAGCGGUCAAGCCCAGGGCAAGGCUAAUGAGCUGGCGGGUAAGGCUCAGAAGAUGGGGGGUCAGGCGCAGGGCAAGGCGCAGGAGUUGAGCGGACAGGCGCAGGGCAAGGCGAGCGAGGUUGCGGGCAAGGCCAAGGGGGCGGCUUAUGAGGCUGAGGGGAAGGCCAAGGGGGCUGCGGGCGAGUUGUAAUGAAGAAGUGGUGAUACCCGGUUGAGAAAGGAAGAUGGGGGCGGGUGUGUAUGAUGAGUAACGAGUUUUUUUCUUUUAAAAGUUCUGAGCAAGGGCAUGCAUCAAAUGGAAAGUGGGUUCAUUCUUCACUUCGGUCAAACAUAUCGUGAUGGCUCCUCACGGCACCAGCCGUGUCACUUCAGGCACAUAUCAAGAACGGCAACAUCGACGCAAAGCAAGUAAAUGUACCAGCAUCUUAAACCCCUUAGUCAGGUAGAGCAGACAACUACCCAGGCAAAAGCCCAGAUCAUCAUCA